CCAUUAAUAUUUGUUUUCAAAGAGGGGGAGGGCUCAAAUUUCGCUAUUUAUACCCUGAUAUUUAGCAAAAUUUUCUGAUGAAAGGGAGGGUGUUCCGACCCCCGAACCCCCUCCCACCACUAUAUCGGUGAUAUUUGCCAAGUUGUGAUCAAAGAACGAUAACUCGUACAUGUGCUGAUUUCGCAAUUUAAGAGAAAAAAAUGUCAACGACUGGCAUGCUGUUGGUGUCUCUGUGUUUGGUACUAAUCACUGGGGGUUAUGCCUUUUGUCCCGGGGAUCCACCAAAUGGAUUUUGGGAUGAAGACCAAUGGAAUGAGCGCUGUAUUCUGAGGUGUCAUAGUGGAUUUGAACCGUCGAGCUGUCACGUUAUCCGGUUUCAUCGAGAGAAGUGGAACCACAAUAUCCCUAUCUGCCAAACAGAGCCUUUGGUGUCGGGGAAAACUCUCGUGGCCGUAGGGGCCGGAACAGCUGCCGUGGUAGCCCUUCCCGCAGUUUUAGCGGGGGCGGGGUUUACUGCCGCUGGGGUGGCAGCCGGAAGUCUAGCGGCGUGGAUUCAGGCCCCGUUUACUGCCGCUGGUGGUUGGUUUGCCGCUUCACAGAGCGCAGGCGUAAUAGGAGCCGCCGCCACCACGAAAGCUGGAGUUGGUGCUACCGUGGCGACAGCAACACACGCAGUCUCCUCUUUCUUCUCAAAUUGUGAACAGGAGUAAGCUCUGUUCUACAGGAAUAAGAGACACUCUUGAGCUAAAUAUGUUUUACGACCAACCACUAUCAAUCUUUGUUUGUUUUUAUUUUCAGUUAAUAUAAAAAUGUCUGUACGUCUCUUCUGUUAAUUGCUAUAAAAUCACAUGUUAAGUGUUCCUCUUGUCUAUCAUUUGAAAGUCAGAUUAAAAGAUGUUCACCUUU